AUGGAGAAAUUCCUCCGCGACUGGCGCCAGGAUGCCCUCAACAAGGCCCAGUACGACGCCGCUAUUUUCAUCGGCGACAAGGUGCUGGCGAUGACGAAAAAUGACAGCGACGCCUUCUGGCUCGCCCAAGUCCACUUCUCUGCCGGCAACUACACGCGCGCCCACGACUUGCUGCAGAAGCACGACCUCAUCACCUCCAAUCCCUCAUGUCGCUAUCUGGCGGCCCACUGCCUCAUCCGUCAGAACAAAUUCCCUGAAGCCCUGGCCCUGCUGGGUGAACACAGCCCAACCCACCUCUUCCACAAUAACGCGAAGCGGAAGUCGAGCCGGACGGCGUCACGCAACACACGGGCUGGAUCCCGAGCACCAGAGCUCAGUGAGGAGGAGUCUUUGAAUCGUCGCUACGAGGCUGGCAUGUGCUACCUUCGGGGUCUUUGCUAUGCGAAGCAAAAUGCUUUUGACCGGGCCAAGGAGGCGUACAAGGACGCUUUGCGCAUCGACGUACAAUGCUACGAGGCCUUCACCCAGCUAGUACGCAACUCGCUCAUGUCGCCUGACGAGGAGGAUGAGUUUAUGCAAUCACUCGACUUCAGCUCUGUCAGACUCCCCAAAGGCUAUGACGAUCCGGAGAUGAGGGCAGAACCCGGCGAAUACGUACACAUGCUCUACCAGACCCAACUGUCCAAGUACCGCGACCCUCACACCCUCAAUGGCUACAUCGAGACCCUGUCGACACACUACGGUCUCAAGGACAACGCGGACAUUCUUCUAGCCCGAGCCAGCCUGCUCUACACGCAAUGUCGCUUCAAGGAGGCCUGUGCCUUGACUGCCGCCAUCCUCAAGGAAGACAAGUACAACUUCCCCGCCUAUCCAGUCCACCUCUCCUGUCUCUACGAGCUCCAAAUGACCAAUGAACUCUUCCUCAUCGCCCACGACCUCGCAGACACCCAUCCCGACGAGCCCACAACCUGGCUGGCCGUCGGCAUCUACUACCUCGCCACAGGCAAGAUCACCGACGCUCGCCGCUACUUCUCCAAAGCUUCCAUGAUGGACGCAACCUUCGGCCCUGCCUGGAUAGGAUUCGCGCACACCUUCGCGGCCGAAGGCGAGCACGACCAAGCUGUUACCGCCUACUCAACCGCUGCUCGUCUCUUCACGGGCACACAUCUCCCUCAACUCUUCCUCGGCAUGCAGAACCAUGCCCUGAAUAACAUGGCUGCUGCAGAGGAGUACCUCAAGACUGCGUACGACCUGUGCCGGACUGAUCCCUUGCUGCUGAACGAGCUCGGCGUGGUGAUGUAUCAUCAAGAUCGCCUUGAAGAAGCAGUGCAAUUCUUUGAAGAAGCUAUCGACGUCGCUAACGCGACAGACGCCGACCCAACGGCUUGGCUUGGCGCCCGAACAAACCUCGGCCAUGCCUAUCGCCGGUUGCGCAUGCUGGAUAAGGCGCUGGAAAAGUUUGAUGAAGUCCUGCGGGAUGGAGGAAAGGAUUGCGCUGUGUUCAGCGCAAAAGCUCUUAUCUUGCUUGAGAAGGGCUUGCCCGAUGAAGCAGCCAAGGUGUUACACGAAGCGCUGGCGAUCAACCCGCAGGAUCCGGUAGCGACAGAGUUGCUUAACAAGGCACUGGAAGAGAGUGCACAGGCAGGGUUGGUGGGGCUGAUGAAGGAGCUGAGGACGGAAUCGCGGCCAGCGGACUCGUUUGGAAGCGGCGGUAGACUUGACGAGGGAGAGGAUGCGGAAGAGGAGAUGGAACGGUUCGAGUUGGAGUUGGACGGGAGAAAGGCUGCUGCGAGGGAAAGGUUUGAGAAGAGAUUCGGGGGUUCGAGAGGGGGUGGGAGUUCAGGGGAAGGCUCUUCGUCAUCGUCAUCAGGGGCAGUACGAGAUAAAGGGAAGGGUGUCCUCAGGGGAGCGGCAGCGAGCAGUAGUCAGUCUAAAAAGGGUCUGGGUGCAGGCAGUCGUGGGCGAGGACGAUUGCCUCCUGAAGAUAGACGAGAGAGUAUGAUGGAUAUGAGUGACGAUGAUUGA